GACGCAGAGACGACAAAGCAAGCCAUGUUGGCCUUUCCAGGUUUUACCCAACCGAUGGCUUGUAUAAUGGUGCUUGACCGAGCAGAUCUUAUGAGUACAAGUUUGAUGAAAAUGACAAUUAUUACCAUCUGCUUUGUUCCACGUAAAGAAACCCAUGUCGAGCGUUCAACCGAACGGCGACCAUCGUGAGGCCAAUCUCUCACUGUCUCACAUUAAUUUCCUACCCACCAUGUCUACAUUUCACAAAAUGGGAAACCUCAGAAGAAAACGCCUUUCUUCCUUCUUCCCGCAGAAGAAGAAGACGAAGAAGCUUCACCAACACAAGGACGUACAUAUCUAGAGGCGCAGCUUGCACUCUUCUUCAUUGCUCUUAUAUACCUCCCAUCGCCACCACUCCCCACAUCACCAUCGCCCAAAUUCUCAGGCGGCAAUCUCCUCUCCCUCCUGUAAGAUAUUUCAUGAAACACUGAUAAAGGUAGGGAAUACAUUUGAGCAGACAGAGAUGGAAAUGCUGACGGUGGUUCCCUUGGCUAUGGUUGUUCUCUCUUCCUACUUCCUCUGGUUCAUAUCCCUGAACCGUACGCUUUCCGGCCCGCGAGUGUGGCCGCUGGUCGGGAGCCUGCCGGGGUUGGUCCGGAACGCGACGCGCAUGCACGACUGGAUCGCCGAGAACCUCCGGAAAACCAGCUGCGCCACCUACCAGACCUGUAUAUGUGCUGUGCCGUUCUUGGCAAGGAAGCAGGGCCUCGUUACGGUCACCUGCAACCCCAAGAACCUGGAGCACAUACUGAAGCUGCGGUUCGAUAACUACCCGAAAGGCCCGACGUGGCAGUCGGCGUUCCAUGAUCUUCUCGGCGAGGGGAUCUUCAACAGCGACGGCGAGACGUGGCUGGUGCAGCGGAAGACUGCCGCUCUCGAGUUCACCACCCGAACUCUCCGGCAGGCCAUGGCCAGGUGGGUCAACCGGUCCAUAAAGAACCGGCUAUGGCGGAUUCUCGAGUCCGCGCAGUGCACCAAGAGUGCCGUCGACUUCCAGGACCUCCUUCUUCGGUUAACCUUCGAUAACAUUUGCGGUCUCGCCUUCGGCAAGGAUCCCGAGACGCUGUCGCCGGACCUGCCGGAGAACCGAUUCUGCUCUGCUUUCGACCGCGCCACCGAGGCCGCGCUGCAACGGUUCCUCUUCCCGGAAUUCAUAUGGAAGUUGAAAAAGAGUCUGGGGAUAGGCACCGAGGUCACAUUGAAGAAGAGCGUUAAAAUCGUGGAGUCGCAUCUCUCUGAGAUCAUUGCAGCGAGGAAGGAAGCCAUUGCGUCUGGGACGGAGGACGUGCACGACGACCUCCUGUCGAGGUUCAUGAAGAAGAAGGACGGCUAUGGCAAUGCUUACUCUAGCUCUGCUCUCAAGCACAUAGCACUCAAUUUUGUCCUCGCCGGCCGGGACACUUCCUCGGUGGCGCUCAGCUGGUUCUUCUUCCUUGUCGUGCACAACCCGAGAGUCGAAGAGAAGAUCGUCGAGGAGAUUUCCACCGUGCUGGCGGAUACUCGAGGGAAGGACACGGCCAAGUGGACGGAAGAGCCGCUCACUUUCGACGAAGUCGACCGGUUGGUGUACCUGAAAGCUGCGCUAUCAGAGACCCUUAGGCUAUACCCGUCAGUGCCUCAGGACUUCAAGCACGUCCUCAACGACGAUGUGUUGCCAGACGGAACAGUAGUGCCCGCCGGAUCGUCUGUCACAUAUUCAAUUUACUCAGUGGGGAGGAUGGAAUGGAUCUGGGGAGAGGACUGCCUGGAAUUCCGGCCGGAGCGAUGGCUCUCGCCGGACGGCCGCAAGUACUUGCCGCCGCAGGAUCCGUUCAAGUUCGUGUCGUUCAAUGGCGGGCCCCGAAUCUGCCUCGGGAAGGAGCUCGCCUACCUGCAGAUGAAGUCCAUAGCGGCGGCGGUCUUGCUCCGCCACCGGCUCUCGCUGGCGCCCGGCCACAAGGUGGUGCAGAAGAUGUCGCUCACCCUCUUCAUGAAACACGGCCUGAGGGUGCUCGUCCGCCCCAGGGAGCUUUCCUGCUGAAGGGUGGUUGCUCCAUUGUCGCUGUCAAUCCCCCCCAUUUCUCGGGUGCAGAAAUUGGUGUUCCGGCCAAACGUUGCUUUCUAGUUCCCUUGUUGUUGUCCUGUGCAUGAGUGCAUGAAAUUUAUUUACA